AUGUUGAGGUCAAUUUUGCGUGUGCCGUCGCUGUCCUCUACAUUUGUUCGAAACUUUUAUGGGGCGAGGAUUCAGGUGACUCCAAAUUUGGUAGAACCAUCUGCAUCGAUCCCAGGAAAACAUCCGAAAUGGGCAUAUCGUGGUGAAGAUAUGUUUUCGCAACUAUGCGAAAGUAUUGUUUCACUCUUAUUAACUUCUUUAGAUGGAAACGUGUAUGUACAGGGGGGUGUCGGAACCCCUCAUGCAUUGUUGAAUGAACUAAAAAAUUAUGUUAUGGACCGUGGUUUAAGGGGUAUUACAUUACACCAGUUUUUUCCGAGAGGGAAACUCUCUGUCUUGGAACCUGAAUGUAGUAAAUUUAUUCGAAUAAAUAGCCUCUUUGCAACACGAUCUUGUCGCGAUGCCAUCAAUAACGGCGAAGCCGACUUUGUUCCGAUUUCUCUAAGUGAGAUCCCACAUCUGUUUCGGAGGCAGCAUUUCACUCUUGAUCUGGCGCUGAUUCAAGUUAGUCCGCCCAAUCAACAUGGAUUCUGUUGCUUGUGUGCUGGUGUUGAUAUAAACCGUGCUGCUAUCCAAAAUUCGAGAAUUGUUGUAGCCCAAGUAAACCCAAAUACGCCGACUACUUUCGGGGAUACGACGGUCCAUAUAAGCAAAAUUGACUACAUUUUCUAUGAUUCAUCACCUUUACAGGAAUUUGAUAUUCCAGAAUUUACUGAAGUGGAUUCAAAAGUUGGCAAAAUAAUUGCUGAAAAUCUUAUUGACGAUGGUGACACUUGUCAGUUCGGUAUCGGCCGAAUACCCUAUGCAACAAGUAUGCAUCUAAAGAAUCACAAAAACCUCGGAAUCCACACAGAUAUGCUCUCUACUGAAGUGGUUAAUUUGUGGAAUGCUGGUUGCAUUUCCAAUUCGACAAAAAAUGUCAGACGGGGGCGCAUUGUGGCAAGUUUUGUUGUUGGAAAGAAGGAAUUAUUUGAUUUCAUCCACGAAAAUCCUUCUGUUAAUCUUUGUGACAUUGCUUGGACAAAUGCGCCCGAAGUAAUUGCACGGAAUCCGAAUGUUGCUGCAGUGAAUGCAUGUCUCGAAACUGACCUCGGUGGACAGAUUGUGUCUUCAACUUAUGGAAAUGAAAUUCGUUCAGGUGUUGGAGGGCAAGAAGAUUUUAUUCGUGGUGCGAGCUGGUCGGAGGGAGGCAAACCUAUUCUCUGCAUGCGUUCCCUGACACCGUCGGGUGAGAGCGCGAUUCGCCCAUUCUUGACUAAGGGGACAGCGGUUGUGUGCUCAAGAGCUCUGGUCCGUUACAUCGUCACCGAAUAUGGCAUCGCCUAUCUGUUCGGAAAAAAUUUGCGCCAGAGAGCUCAUGCUCUCAUUAAGAUAGCUCACCCAGACUUCCGGGAAGAAUUGGAGAAAGCAGCUUUCGAUAUCCUAAAAACAAUGCCGUCUCCCGACUGA